CAAAUGGUUUCCAUAAAACAGAAAAGAGAGAGACUCUUUGGGGGAAAACUUUAUAAACCCUAGCGCGAAAUCUAUAAAUUGAUAUCUGAAAUUCGAACAUUAGUCAUUAGAUGCAGAGAAAAUCGAUGGCAAGUAGAAGUAGAGGCGACGGAAAUUACAGAAACCCGUGUCUGACUAUGCAUCAGCCAUGGGCUUCUCUGCUUGUUUAUGGUAUCAAGCGUAUCGAAGGAAGAUCUUGGCCUUCUCCAGUUACAGGUCGUCUUUGGAUUCAUGCUGCUGGUAAGAUCCCAGAACAUGAAACAAUCAAAGCGAUGGAGGACUUCUACAGACAAUUAUAUGCAUUGGAUGGAGUUACGGAUAUCAAGUUCCCAGAACAUUACCCUGUUUCAAGACUUUUAGGUUGUGUUGAAGUAGUUGGAUGUGUCACAUCUGAAGAGCUGGUAUCGUGGGAGGAUGUUCCUCAAGGGGUAAGGCUGGAAGGGCAAACACCUUUUUGUUGGCUCUGUGAACGACCACAGAAAUUGCUUGUGCCAUUCGAAAUGCGUGGAUAUCAAGGGGUCUAUAAUUUGGAAAAAAGGAUUCUUGAGGGAGCAGUUAGAGGUCUUUGUCCAGUUGAAGCCCGAUCACCGGUUAAGUUUCCACUGCCAUACCCUCGAAAGCCAUUGUCUUUGAAGCCAGGGUCAGUGUCUCAUGGGCUUAAGAAUGGGUCGAACACAUCUAAAACGAACGAGGGUACAUCACCAACCCUAUCAGCCGCCAUAGCCGGUGCAAGAGCCGCUGCGACUCAGUUCUCGAAGAAGAGCAAUGGCCCACCACGUACAGCAGGAUUCCAAGGCCAAGGAUCAAGAACAUGGAGCAUGAGUAAGGAAGGUGUCCAGAGACUAGAUAUGAAAUAUGAUCAACAACGCUGGUGAGUUUCUAGUGGAACAUAUUAGGCUAUUUGGUGUGUGUGUUUCUAGUUCAUUAGUUUGAGUCCCUCCAAAAGCCGCUAGAUUUUACUAGGAGUAUGUAAGUUGAUCUGAAUAUCCUUUUAUGUAAACAUAUGUAUAUGUUCAACUGUGAGUAGUGGUUUUGAUUUAUGUGAAGAAAUUUUAGAUCU